AGAUUUCGAAUUGAAUAUAUUUGUAUAUGUUUUGUUUACUCAAGCAGUGACUUUUAUGACCUCAACUCUCGUGCUCAGAAAUGUUGUUCGGCGUUAGCUGUUUAAACAUGGAUUUUGACCUAGAUUCCGUAGUAAUCGGGACCCGGAACAGGUGCGCGCUGAGAAGAUAAACCAUUUAUUAAGUCUUUAGGUGGCAUUGAAUAUCAGAAGGCACAAUACUAAAAAUGAAAGGUACUCUAAACAUUGCGAAAACGAAAGUAAAAGUAAACAAAAAUGAAUCAGAAAGUACAAUUGUACUUAGGUAUCAUCGCGAAACGGAAUGAUGUGUUGUUGAAGCAAGAGUAAGGAUAGAACACAAACUGAAGAUGCUUUUUAAAGCGAAAGUUGAUAAGACGUUUCUUCUUGUCAUUGUGUUACUGGUACCGCGAACUUCCUCCGGAUCAAGAUCACAUGGCGACAGUGACGGUUUCUUUGAAAAUAUCAAAGAUAUUUUUGAAAAUGGGGGAGCUGUGGCGGUGAAAUUGUUUGUUGAUAAAGAGCUUAAUGAAUGGAAGGAUGUUAGAAUUAACUUGGCUGUGUUAGGAACGUCAGGCACUGGAAAGUCGAGCUUUAUAAACACAGUACUUGGAUUGACGGCCGACGAUGAGGGUUCGGCAGCGGUAGGGGUAAAGGAAACUACUGAAAAUAUUUCGGAAUAUCCGCACCCGCAGUACCCUAACCUUGUUUUGUGGGAUCUCCCAGGUGUUGGAACACCAAAUUUUAACCGUGAAAACUAUUCCAAAAAGGUAAAUUUAUAUCGAUUUGACUAUUUCAUUUUCAUGACCUCCGAUCGGUUUCGCGAUGAUGAUGUAUGGUUGGCUAAACAAGUAAACGCCUUAGGGAAAUUGUUCUACUUUGUGCGCAAUAAAGUUGGUCAGGACAUAAGAAAUAACAAAUACGAUCACCCAAAAUCACAUUCAGAUGCAGCGGUUCUAGACGAUAUAAGACAUAACUGCGAACACAAUCUGCAAAAGCUCAACCUAGACAGAAAGAUCCAGAUAUAUUUGACCGAUUUACACGAACCAGAAAAAUAUGACUUUGAAAAGCUCAUGGAUCAAGUGAUAAGCGACGCCCCAGAAUAUAAAAAGGAAGCAAUCAUUUUAUCAAUGACACAUUUAACCAAUACUUUAAUUGACAGAAAAAAGGAAAUCUUAUCGGAGAGAAUUCAUUAUAUGUCCCUGUUGUCAGGUUUAACAGGAGCAAUACCUGUACCUAUUCUUGAUAGCGCUGUUGAUAUAGGAAUACUUACUGAAGAAGCGAUGUUUUACCGGGCCCAGCUCGGUCUUCGAGAUGAAAUGCUGGAAGCGUUUGCUGAAAAGUCACAAAUGACAAUCGAACAGUUAACAAAUAAUUUGGAUCUACAAAGUCGUAUCAUUGGCUUGUCUGCCAAAGGACUGGUUUCAUAUUUCACAAAGAAAGGAAUGAAGAAAGCAAGCACAUUUACAAGUGCAAAAUUCAUUAAGUACCUCUUACCUCUAUUUGGAAAUGCUGUCAGUGGUGCUGCCUCUUACGCGAUGACCUCAUGGUGUCUCCAAGACUUACUUGACGUCAUGGUACAGGACGCUAUAAAAAUAAACGAAUACAAAAUGCAUUGGAACAAUUAAAAUUGUAUUCACUAGAUCUAAAUUACUUUUCAAUUGGUGAAUUCAUUGACUAAGACACUUUUUGUGGUUUUCUUCUUCAUAGUGUCAACGAUAUAAAUGUAGUCAUACUAUUAAAAUAAAUAUUUUCAAAACACUAUUGACAAAGUGGAAAAGACUAGUGUCGGUACAAAGUAGUUACAAUAACUAUAUGAAUAGUAUUUAGAAUUUCAAAGGUCAAACUUUUAUAUAUCAAUGUAUUUUUAUGAAAUUACAGUGAACACUAGUUAUCUUUUAAGGAUUGUAUUUGCUCUUCACAUAUUUAAGGCUCAUAAUAAGACUGCAGUUACAUUUAUAUAAGACGGAUAUAAACAACUGAAGACA